AGCUUCUUUUUUGUUGUUCAUCAGGCUUUUCAAGUGCCGCCUUCGCAAUGGUCGCUUCUCAGCAGACGAAAACGAAAGAGAGCGUCAACUCCGCCAUUGUCAUUGGCGCCGGAAUUGUUGGCGUGUGCUCCGCGUGGCACCUCCAACGACGGGGAUACUCGGUUGUGGUCAUCGAUCGCGAGCUCCCCGGUAACGCCACAUCGUGGGGCAAUGCCGGGCUCAUUAAGCGCCUUCCUCCGUCUCCAUUUCCACGCAGGCUUGCGAAACGGGCAAGCAUCGUGGCAAAUUCGCGUAAUGACACUCGGUACACUGUCUCGGGCAUGAUGGAGUACUACUACCCUCUUUUCUUGUACUGGUGGUACUCGCGGCCGUCUAUUUUUUCCCGCAUUGUCAAAGAGUACGCAACGUUGGCGGAACACUGCACGCAGGAACACAAUAUUAUGGCCAAAGCAGCGAAGUGUGAGCAUCUCCUCCAGCGUACCGGCUUUUUCGAAAUGUUUCGAUCGAAGCCAAUGCAGCUGAUUAGGGAAUCUGUCAUGGGUCAACAAAACGAAGGCCAGGCUGUCGAGCUCGUUACCCCAGAGGAGUUAACUCGAAGAGAGCCCAGCGCUAAUGCGUCGCUGUUUACGGGUGGCUACUUCUUCACCGAUGCGUGGCUUGCAACGGACCCUGGCGAGCUGGUCAAGGCGUACGCCAAUCACUUUGUUUCCGUAGGUGGCACAAUUAUCAGGGCAACAGUCAAAAGCAUAACUCCACGGUCUGAUGGGAGUGGGAGUGGGUACAUUGUCACGACGAACAACGGGAGUUUUGAGGCGCCCCUCGUCGUUGUUGCCGCAGGGCCGUGGUCGAACGAGGUGUUGAGGCCGCUUGGCUACCAGUUCCCGCUCUACGCUCUCCGCGGAUACAACACACAUUUCAGACUCGCUGGUGACGCGCAGCUGCAUCACACAAUCGUGGAUGUGGAUUAUGGCUACACUCUCGGCCCAAUGCACCAGGGCAUUCGCAUAAACACCGGUGGCGAGAUGGCUUCUAUAACGUCCCCGCAGAAUGAGAUUCAGCUCAAAGCAGCUGAGUCAGCAGCACGCCAACUUAUCCCGUUGGAGGGCCCUAUUUCCAAGACGUGGGCAGGCUACCGCCCGUGCACGUCAGACAUGAAACCUAUUAUAGGUGAGUCACCUCACCACCCAGGUCUAUGGAUGUGCUUUGGGCACGGCUCGAACGGUUUGACACUUGGUCCUGUUUCUGGACGCUUGCUUGCGGAGCUGAUUGCCGGCGAAACACCUUUUAUUGAUGCGCGUCCUUUUUCUGCAACUCGUUUCUAG